AUGCAUCCUGAAAAAUACAAUGAAUUUUUUGAAACCAUUAAUUUAAAUAGCAGAGAUCUUGAACAAAUCUCUUCAUCAAAUUCAUCUAUUUCAACCAAAGGCUCACUUGACUCUUUUGUUGUUCGUCCUAUGUGGAGAGAAGUAUAUAACAAAGCUGAAAUAAUGAUUGAGAAAGUUUUUAAUAUGGGAGCUAAUCUGAUUUCUAUUGUGUCUGAUAGUGCACCAAGUUAUGCAGCUGCUAGAAAUUUUAAAGAAUCAGUUGAGUUUAAGGCAACUUCCACAGAUGCAAUAAAAGUUGCACUAUAUUUUAAAUCAUCACUUGAUAAAUAUUUUAUUGGAAAAUUAUGUUCAAUACAAAAAGACACAUAUGGUAAAUACAUUCAAAUUGCUAUUGGUAAUGAUACUUGUUGGAACAGUCAUUAUGAAUGUUUUCGUUCAAUGUAUGAACCCCACACAGGAUCAUCAUCAUAUCGUAGACCUGAUGAACCAUUAUAUCUUCCUGCUAAUAUAUCUUCAAUUUUACUAGAUGAAGACUGGUGGCUUUUACUUUCAAAACUAGUAUUGGUACUUAAACCAUAUUGUAUAAUAUUAGACAUUUUUCAGAGAGAUAAAGCAAGGCUGCAUGAAGUUUUGGGUGGUUUUGGAUAUUUUUUCAAAAAAGCUAUCAAUAUGAGCAAAUUACAUGCUUCAAUUAAAUAUCAAUGUAAAGUUAAUGAAGUGGAAGCUAUUCGUAAACAAAAAUCAACAGAAAACAUUGCUGGUCCAAUAGAUUUAGAAAUAAGUGAAGAAAGUUCCACAGAUAUCCAAGAAUUAAAUAAUAACAGUGAAGACAAUUUAGAAGAGGAAGAAGAAACAAAUGAUGUAUCUGAUUGGAAUAGAUUAGUUAGUGAAUGGGAAAAUUUGUUACUUCGAGAAGAGGUGGAUGAUUUACUUUCCACAGAUAGUGAUGGUGAUGAAUUUGAAAUAAAUGAGUUAUUAUUGAAUCAAACUCAUCCUGCAUUAGACAAUGUAGCAAAAUGGCAAAUAACUGAUAUUUUUGUUGAAAAUUUAGAAAUACCAUUUUUUAUUGAAGAUUAA